AUGGAACAGUCGAAUAAACCUCAUAGAAAGAGUCGAGAUAACAAAUCCACUGCUAAAAAGAAACUACAUACCCAGGGCCACAAUGCAAAGGCCUUUGCUGUUUCUGCCCCAGGCAAGAUGGCAAGACAAAUGCAAAGAUCAAGUGACAAAAAUGAAAAGAAAUUGCACGUUCCAAUGGUGGAUCGUACACCAGAUGAUGAUCCCCCACCAGUAAUUGUCUGUGUAGUAGGGCCUCCUGGUACUGGUAAGACAACUUUAAUUAAAUCUUUGGUAAGAAGAAUGACAAAGACCACUCUUACCGAAAUCAAAGGUCCUAUCACAGUGGUCUCUGGUAAAAAUAGAAGAUUAACCUUUUUGGAAUGUCCUGCAGACGACUUGAAUUCAAUGAUCGAUGUAGCCAAAAUUGCUGAUUUGGUUUUGUUAAUGAUUGAUGGUAAUUUCGGGUUUGAAAUGGAAACCAUGGAGUUUUUGAAUUUGGCUCAACAUCAUGGUAUGCCAAGAGUACUUGGUGUAGCCACCCAUUUGGAUCUUUUCAAGUCACAAUCAACUUUAAGAGCUUCCAAGAAAAGAUUGAAACACAGAUUCUGGACUGAAGUAUACCAGGGUGCUAAAUUGUUUUAUUUAUCUGGUGUCAUCAAUGGUAGGUACCCAGAUAGAGAAAUUUUGAAUCUCAGUAGAUUUAUUUCAGUCAUGAAAUUUAGACCAUUGAAAUGGAGAAAUGAACACCCUUAUCUUUUGGCUGAUCGUAUCACUGAUCUGACUCAUCCCGAUCUAAUCCAAUCCAAGGGAAAGCAGAUAGACAGGAAAAUCGCUCUCUAUGGAUAUUUACACGGUACUCCUUUACCUUCUGUCGGUGGUACUAAAGUUCACAUUGCUGGUGUCGGUGAUUUCUCCAUAUCACAAGUAGAAAAACUACCUGAUCCAUGUCCAACCCCAGCUUUUCAGCAGAAAUUGGAUGAAUAUGAAAGAUUAAAAUUAAAAGAGGAAGGAAGCAAUUCCUCUUCUACCCCAACUGUAAGAAGACGUAAAAGAUUAGAUGAUAAGGAUAAAUUAAUUUAUGCCCCUAUGUCUGAUGUCGGUGGUGUUCUAAUGGAUAAAGACGCUGUUUAUAUCGAUAUUGGAUCAAAGAAAGUCAACAAUUCACAAAGUUUUGUUCCAGGACAAGAGAAAGGUCAAGGUGAACAAUUGGUGACAAGUUUACAGAAAGUUGAUAGGAGCAUUGCCGAAAAUUUCAAAAAUGUAGGUUUACAAAUUUUUAGUAAUGGUAUUGAAUUACAUAAAGUUGACAAGAAGGGGGAAGAAGAAGAAGAAGAUGCAAAUGAAGAAGAAGAAAUUAACUCCGAAUUAGAUCAAGGUAGAUCUUCUCUAAGAAAACCAAAAAUUUAUGGAAAAUCUGUUCAAGAAGAUGAUCUUGACAUUGAUAAUCUACCAAGCGAUGAAGAUGAGGAUGAUAAUGUGGAUGGAGAUAAAGAACUAGAGUUAGUCGAAAUUGAUUUUCAUGAUCAAAAUGAUGAGAAAUUAGUUCCAGAGACCGAUUCAGAAUUCGAGUUAAGUGAUGGAGAAAAUGAGGAAACUUGGGAAAGAGCCAUGGCUGGUAAAUUGAAUAACGAAAUCAAGCGUAAAAGAAGAUGGAAUAUCGGUAAAUUGAUAUAUAUGGAAAAUAUAUCACCAGAUGAUUGUAUAAGACGUUGGAGAGGUGAGGAUGAAGAAGAUGAAGAAGACUUAGAAGAAAGUGAUAUUGAAGAUGAUGAAGAUUUCUUUAAGAAAAAACAAACUAAUAACACUGAUAGCAAGAAUGGACAGAAUACUGAAAUCGCCGAUUUAGAAAAAUUCAUUCCUUAUUUUGAUACUUUUGAAAAGUUGGUGGAAAAAUGGUCUGAUCUAAGUUCUAUCAGAAAUAGAUUUAUUGGUUCUACCAGAAGUAAUUCCGCAGACGACUCUAAUUCUAUGGAUGAAGAAGAAGAAGAAGUUUUUGGUGAUUUCGAAGAUUUAGAAGCUGAUGAUCAGGAAAAUGUUGAGGAAGAAAGUAACAACAAUAACAACGAAAGCGACGAUUCGUUUGCUGAUUUUGAGGAAGAAGAAAAAAAAGAUUUAACCAUGGAAGAAGAACGUAAAUUAAACGCAGAGAAGAAGGAAAAAUUCCGUUUACAAUUUGAAAUCGAAGAAGGUGACAAUUUCAAAGAAGAUGAUCCUGAUAAUGAAUAUGAUACAUGGUAUGAACUUCAAAAGGCAAAAAUGGCUAAGCAGUUGGAAAUCAACAAAGCAGAAUUAGAGGAGAUGACUCCUGAACAACGUCAAAAAAUUGAAGGUUUCAAAGCCGGCUCUUAUGUUCGUAUUGUCUUUGACGAUGUUCCUAUGGAAUUCAUAGAAAAUUUCGAGCCAAGGUUCCCGAUCAUUAUGGGUGGUUUGUUACCUACUGAAUUAAAAUUUGGAGUUGUUAAAGCAAGAUUAAGAAGGCACAGAUGGCACAAGAAGAUCCUUAAGACCAACGAUCCAUUAGUCUUAUCCUUAGGCUGGAGAAGAUUCCAAACAUUACCAAUAUACACAACCUCAGAUUCAAGAACUAGAACUAGAAUGUUGAAAUAUACUCCGGAACAUACCUAUUGUAAUGCCAAUUUUUAUGGCCCGUUAUGUGCUCCAAAUACACCUUUUUGUGGUGUUCAAAUUGUGGCCAACAGUGAUACUAGUGGUGGUUUCAGAAUUGCUGCUACUGGUGUUGUGGAAGAAAUUGAUGUUGACGUAGAAAUCGUGAAAAAAUUGAAAUUGAUUGGUUAUCCAUACAAGAUUUUCAAGAACACUGCUUUUAUUAAAGAUAUGUUUUCAAGUGCUAUGGAAGUUGCUAGAUUUGAAGGCGCCCAAAUUAAAACUGUAUCUGGUAUACGUGGUGAAAUCAAGAGAGCAUUAUCUAAACCAGAAGGUUAUUUCAGAGCAACUUUUGAAGAUAAGAUUUUGAUGAGUGAUAUCAUCAUUCUAAGAUCAUGGUAUCCAGUACACAUUAAAAGAUUUUAUAAUCCAGUUACUUCAUUAUUAUUGAAGCAGAAAACAGAGUGGAAGGGUGUCAGACUAACAGGUCAAAUUAGAGCCGCCUUGAACAUACCAACACCGUCAAAUCCAGAUAGUGCUUAUAAAAAGAUCGAACGAUCAGAUAGACACUUCAAUGGAUUGAAGGUUCCAAAAUCUAUUCAAAAGGAACUUCCAUUUAAAUCUCAAAUACAUCAAAUGAAACCACAAAAGAAGAAAACAUAUAUGGCUAAAAGGGCUGUUGUUUUAGGUGGUGAAGAGAAGAAAGCACGUUCAUUCAUUCAAAAGGUUUUAACUGUCUCUAGGGCGAAAGAAGAGAAGAAAAAAGCUAAGAAGGCAGAUCAACGUAAGGAAAGAUUGAAGAGAUUAGCCAAGGCUGAGGAAGAAAAAUUACAGAAGGAUAAAGAAAAAAAGAAAGAGUUCUUUGCUAAGAACGGUAAGAAGAGACCAUAUGGGGAUGAUGAUGGUGGUGCUCGUAAGAAGAGAUAG